AUGGACGCGGUCAUCUUCGUCACCGGGAACCAGAAGAAGCUCCAAGAGGUGACCGCCAUCCUGGCGGCCGGCUCGGAGCUCCCCUUCGAGGUGCGCUCGCAGAAGGUCGACCUCCCCGAGCUCCAGGGCGAGCCCGAGGACAUCGCCAAGGAGAAGUGUCGCCUCGCGGCGGAGGCCGUGGGCGGGCCCGUGAUGGUCGAGGACACGUCGCUGUGCUUCAACGCCAUGGACGGACUCCCGGGCCCGUACAUCAAGUGGUUCCUGGAGAAGCUCGGCCACUCGGGCCUGAACGCGAUGCUCGCGGGGUUCGAGGACAAGUCGGCGUACGCGCAGUGCAUCUUUGCCUUCUCGCUGGGGCCGGGACACGCGCCGCGGACGUUCGUGGGGCGGACGGAGGGGCGGAUCGUGCAGGCGCGCGGGGACAACCAGUUCGGGUGGGACCCGGUGUUCGAGGUGGACGGGUUCGGCGAGACGUACGCGGAGAUGGACAAGGACGUGAAGAACGGGAUCAGUCACAGGUACAGGGCGCUGGACAAGCUCCGGGAACACCUGCUGGAGACCGCGGCCGCGGGCCGGGCUGCGGCGGGCGGGCAGUGA